GUCUCCAAGAUGGAGCUCUGAAGAGAAAUCACGUUAGAUUCCAAAGAUUGACUCUAUUUAUUUAUUUACUCUUAGAAAUAAAAACUUUCGGCUUGACAUUUACACCAAACGAAAGAAGUUUCCUUUACAAUUAAAACGCACAUAUCUGAUGGCCUACUUCAGAUUUGGAUCAUAACAAUUUUCCUUCAAAGUGGCAGAAGUGACGUAGAUUUGUAAUGAAGUAGUAAGCUCUUGGAAUAUUUGACAGAAGUCGGAAAUGAAUUGCAAUGGGACACCACCUACUAGUGAUAAAGUCCAAACAAGCGCCUCCAUGGACAACAAAUCAAUUAUUACAUGUGCUGGAGAUGAGGAAUUAUUUGCCACAUUGGAGAACAAUUUGGUCAAAGCUGUAUCAGCUGAUGCGGUUGAAUGGCGCAGAUCUUAUAGCCAGUUACCAAUUAAAAAAGUUAAACUCAGUCCCUCAUUUAUCACCUUUUCUAGAGAUGUUCUACCUACUGAGAAAAAUUGGCAUCUCGUGAAACAGCCAAUAUUUCACAUAUAUUGGACUGAAUGUUCCGAUAUUGAUCUUUAUAAAUCUUCCGUCAAAGACGAUAUAGACAAAUGGUUAAAAACCUUAGCACAUUUUCAAAUCCAAGACUGGAUGAUAGUACUCGUAGAAACGUAUGAUAUCAAGAAAAGUAAUAAAUUGCUCCCAAGGACCACAGUUUUAGACAAAAUUCGAAAUGACUUUGGAUCGAAGCAUGGAGACAGGUGUCUCUCUGUCAUAAAUCCAAUCAAGUCUGAAUCUCGCUCUGCUGAAUCAUGGCGAGGUCUUGUCUCUCGAGUGCGGCAUUUAACACUAACUGCUUACGACAAAACACUUUUAAGAUUCCGAGAAAUCAUAAAAGAACAUCGGGAAAAACGAAAUCAGCAAGGCUGGAACUUUUGCCAUUACUUUCUUCUACAGGAAGAACUUGCAUUUGUAUUAGAAGUGUUAGGUUUAUAUGACGAGACUUUGGUCCAAUAUGAUGAACUGGACGCUCUUUUUACACAGUUUGUUCUCAACUCAAACGUAGGAGAUACGGCGGCUUGGCUAAGCUCGUUUCAAACUCCUUUAAACAACUGGUCAGGUGUGAAUUUUAAGAAUACCGUGGAUCAUCAACUGAGACGAUUAUUGGCUGAAUGUAAAGCUACUUUGCUAGACCUUCGGAGCUAUUUAUUUAGCAGACAAGCGGCGAUGUUGAUUUUGCUCAACAUGCCCUGGGAGAUUGCCCAAAGAUGUUUGUCUUUUAUACACAACACACUUGGCGAGCUGCAAAUAUUGGAAGUUCAGAGACCGGAAGGAUCCGUCGAAUGUUGGGCUUUCCUUUGUGCUUUGGAGGUUCUUCAUGCUUGUCAGUUGUCAAUGUCGAAUAUUGACAACAGUCAACAAUUAGAUAGGUGUUCCGUCCACACGGCGAGUUUAUGGGCUGUAGCUAAGGACAAGUUGGAAGAAUUGGGCAAAUUAUGUGGCCUCAUGCCUGGCAAUGAACCAACUAGCGAACAAUUGCACACAGUGGUUUACUUAAUUGCUGGAAUCGGAGAUUCAGAGCCACAGCCAACCGGAAAACCGACACCCAUCGACAAAUUGAAGGAGGCUCUUUCGUCAAAAGAAGCAUUUAAAAGACAGUACCUCGAGCAUGCAGAAUUGGCUAUGGGAACUUACAAACACAUCGGACGCAUAAGGUCAGCUCGAUUAAUCGGAAAAGACUUGGCCCACUUUUACAGUGAGCUUGGGGAAAAUCAGAAAUCCGUAGCCUUUCUCUCUGACGCUUUGCAAACUUACUCGGAAGAGGGCUGGACGCAUUUGGCGGCUCGGACACAAUUAGAGCUCGCUGAGUGUUACAAGAGAAUGGAUGAUGUUGAAAGGUAUACCAAAAUAUGCGCUGCCAUCGCCAGCACCGAGAGUUUACAUGUCACUGUCCGCAAUACGUACUUCGAGGAGUUGCUGGGAUAUAUGAAGAUGCUGUCUGCCCCCGAACCACUGCUCACCAACUUUGCGGACUGUUUUAAAAUACUCAGUAUGGAAGUUAACGUAACCGACAAAGUGGUCCAGGACUGCGAAGUUAGUAUAGAAAUCAAUGUACAAAGUUUACUACCGAGGGAAGUGAAAUGUAGCCUUGCUUCUGUCUCGGUGGAAGAGUUGAAGAAACCCCAGGUGCCUGCGAACAGAAGGAAAGGAAGUAAACUGCCAAUAGAGCCACCAAUAGAACUAUUAUUAAAAUGUACUAUGGACAGUGCGAAACCAGGUGACGAUAGUUUAUCGAUUUCCAUGUGUUCCUACUUUGGCGUGCAGGAAGACCAAAGCCUGUGGCUUGCGAAAGCCGAUCCGAAAAUUGUAAAAAUACCUGUAAGACGAUCGAAUAGCACGAAGCACAGAAAACCUUCUGUGAACACGAAAGGUGACUUCACGCAAGCUCUCGUCAGCGAUGAAUUCAUCCUGACACCUGGCAUCAACACCUUUACGGUAAAAAGACGAGUUGACCAACCAGGCUUUUACAAAAUUGGACAAUUGUCGCUUGUCGUGGAGCACAAGCUCGAUUUUUUUUCUCCUAUAUUGAAUCCUCGAUUGUGUUACGAAGUCGCGAAAACGCAGCCAUCCGUUUGUCUCAAUUGCUCGAGGGAUUUGCUAGCGGGUCUUGUUCAAGAUAUCGAGUUGGUUAUUUCGAGUGGCAGUGUCAGGAUAACUGAGAAUGACAAAUUGAAACUCAGAACUUCUAGAGGUUUUACGUUACGGGUGAAGGAUAAUGGAAGCACUGGACUUAAAGAGUAUGAUAUUUUUUUGCCUGCCUGUGAUCCUUUUCAAGUGACGAAGAUUCCUUUGAAAGUUUUCGCAGAUCUUCCACCGAAAAAAGAUGCUUCAUCGAUGGAACACAAAUUGAGUAUCCAGUGUCCCUGGGAGGCUGAAGAGAAUAUACCGCUUACAUUCGCACCGCCUCUGAUGUCAGUGAUGAAGCUUCACACUGCAAAGGAACGAAAAUACCUUCAAAUACAAGUGACAGGUUUGAGUAGUCAGCUUCUCCAACUCACGGAUCCUCAGUUGACGAGUAAUUCGUCGGUGGAUGUUCAUUUUAAAAGUCUGAAUCCCGUUGCUGGUCAAAAAUUAGUUAUAGGAAACGAGAUGAACGUCUCCUUUAUGUGGGAGCUUGAAAUUGGAAAGGAUGAAAAAUCUGGAGUGCCUAUCAAAACGGAUUUCCGAGUCAAAUAUAUUGCAACGAACCGUACAGAAGAAAAUGACGAUACUUGUGGCGAUGAUCCGUUGCAUAUACACGAUUUGCAAAAGCUUGAGGAGGAGAGCAACGUCUACAGGUGCAACUUUGAUGUGAUUGACUAUGUGACGUUGUUUACAGUGUCGUCUAAAAUUGAAGCCAGCGGAGGCGGAGGAGAUUUCUGCCGCGCAGGCAGCAUGUGCCAUCUUUAUCUCACAGUAACACGCAUGUUAUCCAGUUCCAAUCCAACUCCUUCACCUCAACUUAUGUACGAAGUUUUGGCUGAUCAAGCUAUGUGGGCUGUGUGUGGAAGAACUGCAGGCAUUGUGUCGCUGGAGACUCUCGAGAAACAGAGCGUGACUUUAGAUGUGAUGCCUUUAACAAGUGGUUACUUGCCCCUUCCAGUUGUUAGAUUGUCGCGAUAUAUUCCGGCGGCGGAGUCCAAAAAUGAAAAUGCUCGUAAAAGUGAAAUAGCAUCCGGACCGAGACUUGAACCUUUUAGUCCAGGACAGGUUUACAAUGCAAGUAAGGCUCAGCAGGUUCAUGUGUUGCCAGCAGCACCAUCAGAAGCCACUUGAUCAGCUGAGGAAUUCGCAAAAGAAGAAACUAAUUUGCCUUUGAGAAGAUAGGAGUACUCUGCCAUUAAAUAUCUAGUACUGUUGUGACAAUACAAACGUUGGGGAGGAGAAAGUGAGUGAUUUUGUGGAUGGCUUGAAAAGCUUCGAUUACAGUUGUACAUCACAUUCAUUGAUUCAGUUCCUUGCCGGAAAGAGAGUUUUAAUAUAAAUGUCUGCGAUUGAGGUCGGAGAACUCUCAAAUAAUUGUCAUCCAUUUAGGUAGUUUAUUUAUCAGGGAUAAUCGAUUCCAUUAACAUUUUUUAUAAAGUUCAGGUGUAUCAUAGAGUAAGCCUAUUUAUUUGUCCAGAUCGAACUGUGUACUUAUAUAAAUAACGAUCAUUCUGUAUACAAUUAUAUACUCAUUAUUCGCACUUGUUACAUUUAUACAAGUUGCACGUUGUAAAUUAUGUGACAUGGAUAAAUGGAAAGUUGUUAAAGCGUUUCAUAAAUAUGAUGGUUUUGAGUUUUUUUUAGUUUUAAUAGCUGGAAAUGACGAGGAUACUUUUAUUCUGUUGCCGCGUUCGAUAUUCAUAUUAAGGGCAUGCUCUUCGGUGACCACGUGACCAAACUAGUCCCCGG